CUCACUCUGUUUCUAAUGGACUAACCUGCUGCCGAGCUGUGACAGAAUGAGAACCGAGGUCGGGUGGUUGCUGAUAGCUCUCUGGGCAUUAGAUAUCUUCGCUGGAGCUAAAGGUGCUGUGAAUAUACCUUCAAAAGCUGUAGACUUUCCCCAGUGCCAUGGGGAUUCAAGUUCAUGCCCAAAUAAUUCCAGAUGUGAGGAAGCCACUUCUCGAGGCUAUUACUGCAUCUGCAAUUCGGGGUUUUAUAAUCAAGUUAAAGAUACUCAUGUUUCUUACCCUAAUGGAUCUUGCACAGACAUUGAUGAAUGUACCAAGUUUAAGAACGUAUGCACACGGCCAGCUUUCUGUGUUAAUACCAUAGGCAGUUUCCUGUGUAACUGUCCCACUGGAUAUGUCAAGCAAGAUAUUAACCAAUCAGGAAGAGAUGUCAUUUGUGAAGAUGCAGCCAAAUGCAGGAAAACAUCUGAGUGUCCACCACAUUCCAGCUGUCUCGGCAAUACCUGUGUCUGUGAGCCAGGAUUUAGAAACCGAAUCGGAGGCACAGAUACCAAACGGGAUGGAAACUGUACAGAUAUAAAUGAAUGUCUUCUCAAACCAUGUGCUCAUCCAGCUGUUUGCAAUAACAUGCCGGGCAACUAUUCCUGCGACUGCCCUGAGGGUUAUACAAAGUACUUUAUAAUUAGAGGACGCCGGAAUCUGACCUCAUGCGCAGAGAUAGAAGGAUUUUUUUCAACAUCGCAGCCAACCACUGUCAUCAAUUUCACUACCCCCUCAGCCACCAACCCAACUACCUGCCCUGCUGGGUAUGUCAUGAAUUUCACAGGAGGAGUCAUGGAGUGCUCAGAGAUAGAAGGAUUUUUUUCAACAUCGCCACAAACCACUGUCAUCAAUUUCACUACCCCCUCAGCCACCAACCCAACUACCUGCCCUGCUGGGUAUGUCAUGAAUUUCACAGGAGGAGUCAUGGAGUGCUCAGAGAUAGAAGGAUUUUUUUCAACAUCGCAGCCAACCACUGUCAUCAAUUUCACUACCCCCUCAGCCACCAACCCAACUACCUGCCCUGCUGGGUAUGUCAUGAAAUUCACAGGAGGAGUCAUGGAGUGCUCAGACAUAAAUGAAUGUAUUGAGCAGCCUUCUGCCUGUGGUAAUUACAGUACAUGUAACAAUAUGAUUGGCUCAUUCAUGUGUAACUGUCAGGCUGGAUUCAGAGACAUUUUCCCAUCUGGAUCUGCCCAAAUAUCAUGCACAGAUGUAGAUGAAUGCAUGGAGCAUCCUUCACCCUGUGGGAAUAACAGUUUGUGUAAAAAUACAGCUGGUUCUUUCAUUUGCUCCUGCAAAGCUGGAUACAAAGAGGUCUUUCAAAUAGGAUCCUCCCAAUUACAGUGUGUAGCUGUUAAAGACUUAUGUGGGACAUAUCUGCAAGAGCAAAACAAAACCCUGAGUAAUUGUUAUGCAAAGGAUCCCCUUUGCAUUCUUCAGCAGUCUACUUACCACCUUUUGGAAUCUUCUUGUCAGGAUAAUAGAACCAAGUUAGACAUAAAGAACAUCACUAAUUCUGCCUCUGAGAUCCUCAGCAAACCAUCUUGGUCUGCUCUCAACUCUUCUGAAGUCAGUACUGCUGUAAAUGGACUCUUGGAGACUGUGGAAACAUCAGUAUUGAAAUCCUUUUCUAAACAUCCCACCAAUCGGAAUUUCAGCACCCCUGAGAUAGCUGUUGCUACCAAGGUAGUCCAAGAAAACUGUUCUUUUCUAACCCUAAAUGUGGGACUCAACAGCAUGAAUGUGUCAUGUGAGCUUCUUCCUAACCCUGAAGAUGGAGCUGUCUUCAUUUCAUACAGGGACCUCAACUCCAUAUUAAGUGGGAGUUUAUUGCUGGAGUUGGAGGACCUUGAGAAAAACAAUGCUGCUGUGGUGGUUAAUUCACAAGUGGUGACUGGAAGCAUCACAAGCCGAAAAAAGGAAAAACUUAAUCCCCCAGUGACCUUCUACCUGAAUAAUCUGCAGGCCCCAGACUCUUCAAAAACAUUUUUGUGUGUAUACUGGGAUCUUGAUCUGAUUGGAUGGUCACAGAGAGGAUGCAACAUCACAUUUUCCAAUGUCUCCCACACCCUCUGCUCAUGUGAUCAUCUCUCCUCCUUUGCUGUUAUCAUUGCUCCAUGUGAUAUAAAGGAAGAUCGUGGGCUUCUCGUUGUCUCCCGCAUUGGUCUCAGUGUAUCUCUUCUCUGCCUCUCUCUGUCUCUUCUCACAUUCCUCCUGUGCCGGUCCCUUAGAAGCGCUCACACCUCCAUGUUAACAGCACUGUCUGGAUGCCUCUUUCUGGGACAACUGAUCAUCCUUUUUGGCCUACACCAAACCCAGUUUCCAAUACUCUGCUCUAUUAUUGCUGGUUGUCUCCACUACAUUCUCCUCUGUGCUUUCUGCUGGAUGACUCUGGAGAGUGUUCUCCUCUUCCUCACUGUGAGAAACCUGAAUGCAAUGAACUACUUGACAUCAAGACGCUCUCACUUCCCAACUGCCUGUCUCAUUGGGUUUGGGGUUCCUGCAGUUAUAGUCACCAUCUCAGCAGCAGUUCGUUCUGAUGGAUAUGGUACAAAGAAAAGUUGUUGGCUAAAUCUAAAUCUCAUUUGGAGUUUUCUUGGUCCAGUUUCAGUGUUCAUCACUAUAAAUACCAUACUACUGAUUUUAACAUUAUGGCUACUCCGAGCAAAGCUAGCAUCCCUGAACAAAAAUGUAUCAAGUCUUAAAAACACCCGGUUGUUGACCUUCAAGGCUCUGGCUCAGCUCUUCAUACUUGGAUGUACUUGGGUCCUUGGCUUCUUCCAGUGUGGAACUGGGGCCAUUGUGGCAUCGUAUCUGUUCACCAUCUGCAACAGCCUUCAGGGCGCAUUCAUCUUCCUUGUGCACUGCCUGCUCAAUCAUCAGGUAAGGGAGGAAUAUCGCAAAGUUUUCCAUCGGCUGCAUAUUAAGAAGCCAGAGUCAGAGACUGUAUCAGGCAGCACUCUUCCCAUGACCUUGAAAUCGGCAACUAUAUCCGAGGUAGUGAAAUCUGAUACUGUCAUAGACCAUCACUCUGAAUUGAGUAAAACUGAAUUGAGUAAAACUGAAUGGUGUAAGACUUCGGAUGAUACAAAUCACUGAACCAAGGAACUGGGGGCUGAGUGUAAGCUCCUCAUGGCAAAGACUCAGCACUUAAACAUUUUACACAAUGGUUUGCCUAUAAAUUAUUGUAAAUAAAUAGAGACUACUUAUGUGUAA